AACCUCCGAGGUAAACAGAACACAGCAUUAAUUAGUGCCUUUUGCUUGACCUGAAUUUGUGUACUAAUAACCUGGUGGUCCUAUAGUAAUUUUCCAGACAGUUGCUAACUCACCUUUGUUAAUUCCAGCUUCAGUAGGAUAUGAAUGUCAUGUAACAUGCUGCACUGACACCCUCUGAAUUUGGAGAUGCUGCACGGGACAUAUUGUACUCUGUUGUGGUUGAAUAAAAAUCCAUCUGAAGUGCUUGUUCUCCACUCCUCAGACCCUCAUGUUCCUGAUACGCGAUUGGAGUUACCCCUAUGAGCACCCCUACGGUUUAGAGGGGGGAAGGAAGUUCCUGGAAAAGCGUUUGCAGGUUAAGCAAAACCAACAUGAGGAGCUACAGAAUGUCAGGAAGCACAUCCACUCUUGUUUCUCAAACAUAAGUUGCUUCUUGCUUCCACACCCUGGCUUGAAGGUCGCCACAAAUCCCCACUUUGAUGGCAGACUGAAAGAUAUCGAUGAUGAUUUCAAGACGGAACUGGAGAAACUCGUACCAUUAGUGCUCUCCCCAGAGAACUUGGUCGUGAAGGAAAUCGGUGGAUCCAAGCUGACGUGUAGAGACCUUGUGGAGUACUUUAAAGCAUAUAUAAAAAUAUACCAGGGUGAAGAGCUACCUCACCCCAAAUCCAUGCUGCAGGCGACCGCCGAAGCAAACAACCUGGCUGCUGUCGCUGGAGCGAAAGACCUGUACAACAAGAGCAUGGAGCAGCUCUGUGGGGGAGACAAGCCGUACAUCGCUCCCACUGACCUGGAGCGCAAUCAUGGAGAGGUGAAGCUGCGCUCCGUGCAGCAGUUCUGUGCCGUGAAGAAGAUGGGCGGGGAGGAGUUCUGCCGGCGAUACCGGGAGCAGCUGGAGGGCGAGCUGGAGGAGGCCUACGUCAGCUUCGUCAAGCACAACGACGGCAAGAACAUCUUCUACGCCGCGCGCACGCCUGCCACGCUCUUCGCCGUCAUGUUCGCCAUGUACAUCAUCUCGGCAGUGACUGGUUUCAUCGGCCUGAACUCUAUAGCUGGCCUGAGCAAUCUGAUUAUGGGGCUGGCGCUGAUGUCGCUCUGUACCUGGGCCUAUGUGAAGUACUCGGGGGAGUUCCGGGAUCUCGGCACCGUCAUUGACCAGGUGGCCGAAACCUUAUGGGAGCAGGAUUGUCAGUGUGUGACUGCUGGGGGGGAAUAAAUGUCUACCUGAUUCACAACAUUUAGACCACAGGUUGGCACCAUUAUAAAAGUAUUAUGCCUCUUGUAUGGUGGAACGCCGUGUGCAGCGUUGUCUGCAUAGCAUUGAGCUGCCCUGUUCUCGUCCUCAUCUUUUGGUUUUUCUCAUCGUCGCCUCUAUGUGCUUUUUGUCCCGUUGUCACCCUUCAGGUAUUGAAGCCCCUGAGCGAUCACUUUAUGGAGGAUAACAUUAGGCAGACUGUGGCCAACUCCCUCAAAGCCAGCCUGACUGAGCAGGGUCUGCAACAGGGCAAGCUGAAGGCCAGCUAGCAGCCGGGCCCCAUGUAACCAAAGUGUCUUUAUUUUCAGCAAUCCUUUCCUCACUUGAUAAUGUAGAAUACUGAUGGAGAUGCUUGGUAUGUUGUGAGUAGCCUUUUCAUCUGUACAGCCCUAUUGCGAUGGGAUUCGUCUAACAUGGGGACGUAAUGUAAUUGGAACGAUUACCAGCGAGGUUCGUAAUUUUAAUCUAGUUCAAAUCUGGCAUGUCUGUAAUGAUUACAGCCCUCCACAGUAAAAAUUCAGGAGCGAAUUACCUUCUGUAUUUUAGUGAAUACAGACUACUUUUGGUAAUAGUUCAGUCUGAAUUGUCGGUUGGUAAAAAGGUUGUGUGUGUGUGUGUAUAAAGGUACACCCCUAUUUUUGUAAGGUGGAAACGCCAUUUAUCUGCUAAAAACGGAGCUCGAAUGUGGUACUGGACUUCAUCUCUACCAUCACCUAGAGCCUCUUCUAUGCAAGGUUUGCAAUAGCUGCAGAGCAGUACAGAACUACUGAAUAAUACAGUCGGCCCUCCGUAUCCACAGGUUCAUCUAACGGAUAUAAUAUAUAUAUAUAUAUAUAUAUAAAAAUCCACAUUGUUCCAAAAAGCAAAAUUUUUGAUUUUUCCCUGCUCUACUGUUCUGAACAUGUACAGAGUUUGUCAUUCUCUAGAUACUUUACUUAUAAUUUACACAUAAAUAGUUAUAAUGUGGAGAUGAUUUAAAGUGUGUGGGAGGAUGUGUGUAGGUUAUAUGCAAAUACUAUGGCAUUUUACCUAAGCGGUUUGUGGAUUUUGGUACCUGCCGGGGGUCCUGGGGCCAACCCCCCACGGACACCGAGGGCCGACUCUACACCAAUGUCUAAGGUGCUGUGCGGCUGGGAAAAAAGUUCCGUGUUUCCGUUUCAUUACUAUGUUAUGGGAUUGGUCAGCCAAAAAUGCUGUAGUCAGUUGCUUUAUAGAUGUGCUAAGAGACUAAAUCUGGAUGGGGUUAGUAUCUGUGCUAUCUUUGGUAAUUUGGGGAUGUUACAUGCAUUUCUUAUCCUGCCCAAAUAGGGUUUAAGUGUCUUUCUGAGAAAGGAGAUGGUUCAGAUACUAUGUGGUCCUACUGUCAGUGUAGGUUUGAGUACUUUGUAUGGCAGCAUUGCAAUCGGAAGGGUUCAUGUAAAAGGAAACACUGUAGACUGGCUCGAGUCCCAACUUGUACAGUCAUGUAUCAAGCAGGGCAUGUAUAUGAAGUAUAAAUAAAUGAUUUUGUAUGAAAUUAA